GCAGGCUUUGCUCUCUCUCACAAAUAGGACACGGCUCUCGGAUCCACGAUUCAGUCCCAGACCUGACCUUCAAGCGUGCGGAGCCCGAGAGAGGGAGAGACCGAAAGAAAACACAACAACACAUGCACACACAGAACGACACUCCUGCCCCGGUUCUGUACUCCACUGACUGACCCAGAGCCAGCUCCCAGACACACACGUCGUCGCACACUUUGGACUAUAUUUUUUUGGAGCGAUUGACGACCAGGAGACGCGCUUGGUGUGCAGAAAAACACAGUCCUCAACCGCACAAAGUUAUUUUUUUCUUCUUUGAGUUGAAGACUCUUUCCUCCGUUUCGGUUUCCUCGGCGGCUGCGGGGGGUUGAUCUGAGAGUCUGGGUGCGUUGCGGUGCCUCCGAGCCCGUCGGACGCGCAGAGAGACCGAGGGGCUGUGGGGAGAGGAGAGAGCGAGGCGCGGGGCGGUAUAUGGAAGUGGUGGGCUGCAAGGCAGAGGUAGGCAGUCGCACGUUGCGCCCGGGACCCGGAGCUAUGCUUUUCCACGGGAUCUCCGGGGAUCACAUCCAAGGCAUCAUGGAGGAGAUGGAGAGGCGGUCGAAGACAGACUCGCGCCUGGCAAAGGGUAUGCAGCUCAACGGGAGAGACGCGGUAGGAAGCAAGCCCGGCUGUGUUUGGGUCCGUGGGGGUGACACCCGGGUGGAUGUCACGGUGCGUUUGGGGAGGAAAACACCAAUCUGUGUGAGGACAAUGCCCUCCAUGAGCCCGGAGAAGCCGGCCCUGUGUGCCGGCUGCGGGGGUAAGAUCUCGGACAGGUACUACCUCCUGGCCGUGGACAAGCAGUGGCACCUGCGCUGCCUCAAAUGCUGUGAAUGUAAGCUCGCGCUGGAGUCGGAGCUGACGUGCUUCGCCAAGGACGGCAGCAUCUACUGCAAAGAGGAUUACUACAGAAGGUUCUCCGUGCAGAGGUGCGCGCGCUGCCACCUCGGCAUCUCCGCGUCGGAGAUGGUGAUGCGCGCGCGGGACUCCGUGUACCACCUGAGCUGCUUCACGUGCACCACGUGCAACAAGACGCUGUCCACGGGCGACCACUUCGGCAUGAAGGACAACCUGGUGUACUGCCGGGGCCACUUCGAGACCGGGGGGGGCCCGGGGGCGGGGGACUACCACCCGCAGCUCAACUACGCCGAGCUCGCGGGCAAGGGCGGCGGCGGCCUCGCGCUGCCCUAUUUUAACGGCGGCACCGGGACGGCCCAGAAGGGGCGGCCCCGCAAGAGGAAGAGCCCGGCCAUGGGAAUCGACAUAGCCGGCUACAACACAGGCUGCAACGAGAACGACGGCGAUCACCUGGACCGCGAUCAACAGUCCUACCCCCCGUCGCAGAAGACCAAGCGCAUGCGGACCUCCUUCAAGCACCAUCAGCUCCGCACCAUGAAAUCCUACUUCGCCAUCAACCACAACCCAGACGCCAAGGACCUGAAACAGCUGGCCCAGAAAACAGGCCUCACCAAGCGAGUGUUGCAGCAUCUGGUGCUUCUUCGGAGAGCAGAGAGUGCAGUGCACCGUACACAGGAACAACCGACAACACGGGAAGCAGGAACAGCAGCGACCACAUAAAAGGAGAGGGGAUUCUUUGUAACAUGCUCGACAGCCCGGCAGCCCGGCUGUGCACCACUUAGAGACGUGGAGAUCUUUGUGUUUUUUUUUGCUGGGACGUUUUUUGGAAGUGGACGGCACUAGAAAUGUUGGCUCUGAAGAUUUUCAUUGGAGAAAGCGCCCCCCCCCCCCCCCCCCCCCCCCCCCUAAUCAGUAUCUGGAAAAGUAGAUAAUUUUUGCUAAGUGAAAUUGUAAUUUGUACAUUUUGAUUUGACAUAUAAAAUGACCCCAUUCUUAAACGCAAUUAAUUGGAGAAAUAUGAAUUCACAUUUGUUUUAUCCCCAGAAAUCUGUAUUUAUAUGCACUAUGUACGCACUAUCCAACUUAGAGAUAAAUCUUUUUUUUUGUUAUGCUUUCAUUCUUUGUUUUUUUUCUGGAAAUCUUUUUUUUUAAAUCCAACUGUAGAAUGUUUCUAAGGCUAAUUUACAGAAAGAAAAAAAAAGGCUUUAAUAAUUGCAGAAUGUCUAUAAGUCUGAGUUGGAGGGCUUGGAUUGUAAUCGGGAUAUCACACGCAAAUCAACAAGUAAUUACAUCCAAAACAUUCACGCUAAAUGCUAAAGACGCAAACGUACAUUGUGGUGUCGGACCGCCACACCACUACUGUGAUACUGAGAGAACGGAGUCGUGUUCUGUACAGUGAUAACUGUUUAACAUGUCAUGCGGUCUUACUGUCUGACCAUUAGGAAUCUGAUUGGCUCCUCAGCACGGUUGUAAAUGAUUGUUUUUCUCUUCCUGGUGGAGCACUUUUUAAAGAUGUGUUGGCUGCCUAGACGAACAGUCCGACGGAUCCAACACUGAACAUGUCGAUAGAGCUACAGAUAGAUUCAAUCCACGCUGACAAUACACUGCCUGAUGAAAAAGUGCAUUAUUGUUAUGAUCAUGUUGCUCAGGGUAACGCUGUGUUUUUAUAAAAAGGGAAAAGGUGUGUGUGUGGGUGUGGUGUAUGUGUGUGUGGGAGUGUAUUUGUGUGGGUUUGUGUGUGUGUGUGUGUGAGAGCAGGUGUGCGUGAAGGAGGUUAAAGGUUAAGAUGCUGCAGUGUUGCGGAUCUUAGAGCUGAACGAGAGAUUGAAAUGACCUCAGAGAGGUGGAGUCCCAUUAAGUAAACAGUAAGAACCAGUAAGCCAGAGGGAAACCAUUGUCCAUUUCGGCCAUCUUUCUACUUUCUUUAACAACGCUUGUCACCGAACAGACCAAAACGAAAGCUCAACAAACAACCAACAAAACAAACAAACAAAUAUCCGUCAACUCGUUGGAAGUUGGAUGAAAAAAUAGGGCGUAUUCCAACGAGGCUAGAUGCAUUUCAUUUUAAGUGUCACAGUUUGUUCUAUUGUAGAACAAAGCGGUACUCUAGAUCUACUUAAGUAGACGCUUAACUCAGUUCUACUAUGUGCCUUAUGCUAUAACCUUGGAGAAAGUUUGUGAAAUUCAGGAUCUAUGUGUUCUUUGUUAACUGGUUCACAUCCUUUUGACGCCUCACUAGUUUUGUACUGUUUUUGCAUCUUAUUUCUGAAGAUCUUUUUAUGGUGUAUUCUGUUUAAAAAAUAAAAGAGGGCAGCGAUGUCAUGGAAGCAUUUUGUGCACUCUUUCAGAAAUAGUUGGGUAAUCCCAGACCUUAUAUAUUGAUCUUCGUGUUAAUAGUUGAGUACAGUAAGUGUUUUAUCAAGAUUGUCCAUGUUUCCCUGUUUCUUGAUAAAGAUGGUGUAUAGAAACUAUUUCCCCUUAAAUAUUUAUGGACCAAACGGUUGUUAUAUAUCUUAUUAAAUUUGUGUGAAUAAAAAGUACUUUGCUUUAA